AAUUUAGUCGCAUUUCAUAAAAAGUAAUUAAUUUCACAAUGCUGCAGCCGGCUAAGUUAAAAUUUACCAACCCACUUUAUGGUCAACUCAUUGUGGGUCCUCCCGGCAGUGGCAAAACUACAUAUUGCCAAAAUGCCUUUAAAUUCUAUCAAGAAUUGGGACGAAAUGUGGGCAUUGUGAACUUGGAUCCAGCAAAUGAGAAUAUGGAAUAUACUGCCAACAUAGAUGUCAUGGAAUUAAUAACCGUAGAAGAUGUUAUGGACAGUAUGCACUUGGGUCCCAAUGGAGCUCUCAUGUAUUGUGCAGAAUUUUUGGAAGAACAUUUAGAUGACUGGCUGCUGCCAAAUUUGCGCAAACAAUCAGCCAAUUGCAAUUACUUUUUCUUUGACUGUCCCGGCCAGGUGGAAUUAUACACACAUCAUGCCUCUAUGUCGAAAAUAUUCGAAAGAUUAGAGAAGGAAGGCUAUCAUUUGGUUACCAUCAAUCUAAUUGAUUCCCAUUAUUGCUCGGAACCGGCUAAAUUUGUUUCCACUCUGUUGCUGGCUUUAAAUAUGAUGUUGCGCAUGGGUUUACCGCAUGUCAAUGUCUUGUCUAAGGCAGAUUUGCUGAAGAAACAUGAAGAUAAAUUACAUUUCAAUUUGGAUUACUAUACAGAUGUUUUGGAUUUGAAAUAUUUAUUGGAGGCUUUGGAUGACACGGUAGCUCUGAGGAAAUAUAAGAAACUUAAUGCUGCCAUUUGUUCUAUGGUGGAAGAUUAUGCUUUGGUGUCUUUUCAAUUGCUGGAUUCACGCAAUACACAAAGUAUGCUGCGCUUGCGCAAUCAUAUCGACAAGGCAAAUGGUUAUAUUUAUAAGGCGGGUGAGGAGCAAAGUGUUAAUGCUUUAAUGGCAUGUGCGGUGGGUGCUGAAUCGGAGGCUUCCAGACAAUCAAAAGAUAUUGAGCCUUAUGUGUAGUGGGUGAAAUAAAUUAAAAAUUUUUGUAAAAAAAAUAAAAUAGAAA